AUGGCUAUCGAGGGCACCCAGAACUAUGGCAAGAGGUUGAUACCUCAGAUCCUUGAUGCUCUAGCCCGCUCCGAGCCCGAUCGCAUCAUAUACUCGUUGGCAUCAUUUGCAGAUCAGACUGCUCAGUUUCAAACGAUAACCGCCGCUGAAUUUGCAAAGGCAGUGAAUAAGACUGCUUGGUUCCUGCACGACCGGCUCAAAGAGCAUCAUGAUGGAGCUGGCCAGAAGAUUGUGCCCGUAGGCUACAUCGGCCCUCAUGAUUUGCGACACAUUCUAUUGAUCUACGGUGCCAUCAAGGCCAACUGCGGGGCUUUGUUCUUGUCCCCGAAGAACAAUGUUGAGGGUGCAUUGGCGGUUCUCAAUGCCGCCAAAUGCGACAUAUGGAUCAGACCUCAUGGACAAGCAGCGCUUCCUCUUGUUGAGGCUUUCACAAAGCAGAGGCCUAUGACGAUCCUCGAGCUACCUUCGUUAGAAGAGCUUCUAGAUGCGGAGACCACCAAACCAUUUCCAUUCACGAAGACCUUCGAAGAAGCCGCGCACGAGCCCUUCUGUAUCACACAUACAUCUGGCACGACCGGAGUUCCGAAACCCAUCUCAUGGACCCAUGGAUUGAUCGGGUCAUUGGACGCCGUCCGCUUGCUGCCCCCAACGGAUGGAGAUCAAGGUUUCAAGCCGUGGACUGAUAACUGGAACGAAGGAGACACAAUCUACUCUUCAUUUCCUAUGAGCCAUAAUGCUGACUUCUGGAACCUUAAGGGUGCUGGCAUGCUCAUGGACAUCGUCGUUCCCGCUUUCUUCAAGCUUCAUUGCGUUCUUGGUCCUCCGCGAGUUCUACCCAACAUGUCGCUGAUAGAAAAUAUAUUGGACCAUGCCAAGAUCGACAUUUGGCAUCUAGUACCAUCGCUUGCCGACGAGCUGGGCGAGACUCCAGCUGUGUUGGCGAAGUUCACAAAAGCCAAAUUCAUAUGCGUCUCCGGUGGUCCUGUCAGCCCCAGCAUUGUCACAAAAGUUAAUGACGUCGUCAGAGUUCUCAAUCUGACCGGAACCACUGAGGGUCUAUUCAUGGGCGUGCUUUGGCCGACGCGAGAGGAUUGGCAUUGGUUUGCCUUCCAUCCACUCGCAGGAUUCGAAUUUAAGGAAAUCGAGCCAGGUGUCUACGAGCACUGGGUUCAUCGCAAGCCUCAAUGGGACCUAUUCCAAGGCGUCUUCUACACAUUUCCGGACCAACAAUCUGUCAACCUCAAAGAUCUCUACAAGCGACACCCCACCAAGCCAUAUCUCUAUGCGUACACUGGAAGAAGCGAUGAUGCUGUCGUCUUAUCCAAUGGAUACAAAAUUGCGCCUCUGGAAGCAGAAGCAUUGAUCACAACGCAUCCUGCAGUCGAGGGCUGCCUUGUUAUUGGACAAGCUAAACCGCAGGCCGGACUGCUCAUUGAAUUGAAAGAUCCCUCCACCAGAAACAAUGAGUUGUUCGACAGCAUCUGGGAGAAGGUGGAGCGCGCGAACUCGUCAGGUUUCCAAAAGAUCAGGUUCCAUAGGGACUAUGUUGCCUUCGCUGAGCCAGACAAACCCUUCAUACGCACGGACAAGUCAACGCUCAAACGCCGAGCAACUCUGGACCUCUACAGAGACUUCAUUGAUCACUUCUACGCUACGAGAGAUGAUGUACAGCUUGAGGAGUUCGACGAGUUCACAAUCGAUACAAGCUCGGAUGAGGCAACCUUGAAGUCGGUCCAGAAAAUCAUGGAAUCAGUGUUUCCAGACAUCGAGAACGCCGAUCCAGAUGAAGAUGUCUUCGAUCUGGGCCUAGAUUCUCUCGUUGUAUUUCAAGCUAUCAGAAUCAUUCGAGGAUCUGCAGGGUUACAGGAACAAAUUGCCCCGCGGCAUUUGUAUGCCAACCCAACCCUGGCGAAGUUCUCAUCACAGCUGAGAACACUACUGCAGCAACAGGCAGCAUCGAAGACAAAAGGACAACUCAAUGGAAAACCCAAUGGACAGGCCAACGGACACUUGAAUGGGCAUGCCAACGGGCAUGCUGAUGGCAGUGAUCAAAGCCAAGGCUCGGAGAAGCCCAACUUGGAGCCCGUCAAUAGGUUCCCGAAUGAUCACGGAGACCUUAGACAUGCCAUACAUGAGUACCAACGGCGCAUGGGUUUCAAGAUGAACCCGUUCGAUGCAGUGAACCCGAACCAUUACAUGGGUUUUACCUUCUUCUUUGCUUUGCCUCCUGAAUCAAGCUUUCAAAAAGCCUUCGAAGGACUACAAGCUGGUCUUUGUCGGGCUUUCCAGAUCAUGCCAGAGCUUGACGGAAAAAUGAUGCAUGCUUCGGAGCUUGAAUUUGGGUACAAGAAGGGCGAAUACGCCAUCACAAUGCCACCUCCGUCGUUGGCGACCACAUCCAACCCCAGACAGUUAGUCUUCAAGGAUAUGACGAAAGCCCUUCCUUCGUUUCAAACCAUGCGAGACAACAAGUUUGCACCUUCGCUCUAUGAGGACAAGACGGUUCUCGAUUGCUAUCCGUUCCCAAGCAUGCCCGCUGAUGUAAUGGUGGCUCAUGCAAACUUCGUCGAGGGUGGAUGUAUACUGGCCACGAACUUCAUGCAUACUUGUUUCGAUGGUCAGGGCGCCCUGGUGGCUCUCAGAGUCUGGGCAGACUGCUGCCGAUACGUGCAGGGAGAUCAAUCUGCAAAGUGUGACUGGUACGACCCUCAAAGCUGCAACCACAGCCUACCCGAGAUCCUCUACCAGCAUGAGGGACAUGCAAAAUCGGUCCAAGAGGUUGACAAUACUGUAUGGGACUUUCUUCCAUUCUUCCCGCCCGACUACAAUGCUGAAGAACGGGAAAUCAACAACAAAGCGGUCAUCAAGGGCGCCUCACUCAACGAUCUAAGACCGGUCUACCGACGACAGCCUCAGUGGCCAAGAGCUCCCUCUGAUCGUUCUUUGUCAAGCACAUUCUUUUUGAUCUCCCGCGAUAAUCUGCAGAAGCUCAAACAAGACGUCAACGGCCACGCUGACCCCAAAGGACACAUUCCUUCCAUCAGCGACAUUGUCCAGGCAUUCAUGUGGCAAACAGCUGUCAGGGCAAGAUAUCUUGUUGCUAAAAAUCACCGAGGCCAGACUUUCAGUCCGGAUGAUAUGUCCAUCCUCGAGAUCCCAAUAGAUGGAAGGCUCUAUUUCUCGGGUCAUCUGCCGUCCACCUAUACAGGCAGCAUGCUCAUCAUGAGUCGCACGAUGAUGCCCGUAGAAGAGUUGUGUUCACCGAAGACAGACCUUGCUAAGGUUGCAUCCCUCAUCCGCAAGACAAUUGCUAAAGUCAACACUGCAUUGGUACACGAUGCGUACACGCUGCUACGCUCCAUGACGGACUACACGAAGCCAGCAACCGCCAAUAUGGGUCUAGAGCACAUGAACGAGAUGAUUUCCAACAUGAUCCUGUGGGAGCAGGAGGACAACAUCUCCUCAUUUGGCGAGGGCAUUUUUGCCGGAGGCAGACCAACAGUCGUGCGACCACAGAUUGAGCGGGGGCACAGGCGCUUCCGAUUUUCGCUCAUCCACCCGCUGAGGGCUGAUGGCGGUGUGGAGCUCGAGCUGGGCACCCUGCCGGAGGAGCUGAAAACGCUGCAGCAGGAUGAACAUUUCACGAGGUAUGCGAGACUGAUGGACGUCAGACAUGGGGAAGGCUGGUAG